AUGCCUAGUUCCACUUUCCCAGCAGUUAUAUCAUUUGCCGAUAAGAAAAACUCAUCUCCAGUCAUAACAGCUAAAUUUGGAGACGCCGAUGAUGAGGAUUUUGGCGCUCGCAUGCUGAAUGCAGUUGAUGUACAGGAAAUUGAUGCAAAUUUGUAUAUGAGUAAAGAACUUUGGCUUCCAGCCGGUGCUCGUGGUGUCUUUGGUGGGCAGAUCGUUGCUCAAGCUUUACGAGCUGCAUUUGCCACAGUAGGACACGAAUUUGACAUUCAUUCACUUCAUUCGUACUUCAUCCUGCCUGGCAGCGUGGAAGUGCCAGUUAUAUAUCAGGUGCAGCGUCUUCGAGACGGCAGGUCAUUUGCCACUCGUUUCGUUACUGCUUCACAGAAGGGUAAAGCGAUUUUUGUCAGUAGUUUUAGUUUCAACAAGCUUGACAUAUCGACCCAAUUAAAUCAUCAAACUGAAAUGCCUGAGGUUCCACCUCCUGAAUCGCUGCCCUCUGAUACUGAACUCAUACAAAAGGCAUUAAAACAAGAAGAUCUUAACCCUAAAUACCGUGAAUAUCUCAAACUACGCAUAGAAGAAAGCUCACCAAUCGAUGUACGAAAGAUUGAAAUUACCGGUCAAACUCUCAUAUCUCGUCGGUGGUUCAAGACUAGAGGGCAACUUGAUACAGACAAAAGACUUCACGCCUGUGUAGUCGCAUAUGCAUCUGACAGCGGCUUUAUUGGUACUGCCGCUAGAGCUAAUGGUGUACCUUCUAAAGGAAUUGGUAUGCUUGCCAGUCUGGACCAUUCCAUGUGGUUUCAUGUUCCUACACGCGCCGAUGAAUGGCUACUGUAUGAUAUGCAUAGUCCUCGUACAAGCGGUGGACGCGGUGUGGUGUUCGGCAGAAUUUAUAGCAGAGAUGGCACGUUGAUUGCUACCACUGCUCAAGAAGGAAUAAUUCGUUUAUCGAAAGAAGAACAAGAAAAACGUAACAAGACAUUAUCAAGGGAUGCCAGCAAAUUAUAG